AUGAUAACGACACGGCGAAUCGCAGAGCGACGUCCGAGCCGAAUGCCAGAACUGCCGCGUCAAGUAGCCAUCAUCGGAGCCGGGUUCGCAGGACUUUCUGCAGCAGCGGUCCUGGAACGUAAACAUAUCGACUACGUCGUUUAUGAAGGAUCAAAUCGUGUUGGCGGACGUGUUUAUUCCGUUCCCUAUGAGGACGGAUGGCUACAACACGGUGCAGAGUUUAUAAAUGGAGAGAAUAAUGAGAUUUUUCGGAUUGCAAACGAAAAACAGCUGACCGUACAGUAUGUGAGAGACUUUGAUCUCUUCUGUACGAACGUCGUAUAUGGAUUGAAUGGGAAAAAACUUGACAACAUCAACGUUGGUGUUUCAAUAACAAAGCCUUGUUUAAUUUCUUCAUUCAAAUUCAGUGGCGUUCAAUUCAAGCAUGAUUGGCUCGAUUUCGUAAAGGACAUCGAAGAGCAGUUUGCAGCAGAAGCUCUGGAACGAAGUGAUAUGAGUGUUGCUGAGAGAUUCCAGGAACUCUAUGAGCAGUGGAUCUCUGUGCGUGAUGAGUUCAAGGAUCACAGAGCAGUUUUCGAUCGGUUGGCCCGCUUAUAUCUCACAUACUAUGAAAUUGAGUGGUCAUCACCAGCGAAUGAGCUUGCCCUUCUCAACUUCGCGGACUGGGACGACGGUGGAAGUGAACCGCGGUCGUUCACUUUGAAAAAGAAGGGAUUCCGCGACAUCCUUGAAGAUAUCAAAAUAAAAGUACCUGAAAAUCGAAUCAAGUUAAAUAGUGUGGUUACAAAAAUCAAGUACGCAGGAUUUGGCAACAUGAUGAAGGUGUUCCUGGAGUACACCCGGCCAUGGUGGCCUCAGGACGCCAAUGCGAUCGCACCGUUGGAAUCACACAGCCCACUGGCAGAAUCGUUCCCGAUGCUGCAGCCUCUCUACUGGAACAAAAAAAUACUAGUUGCAUGGGUGUCCGGUAAAGGGCCACAGUUGAUCAGCAAACUUAGCGACGAAGAGCUAGUCGAAGGACUCACACAUCAUUUACGGGAGGCGUUAGGGGACCCAACAAUACCUCUACCCGUGAAGAUAUACAGGCACAGCUGGAUUACGGAUCCGUUAGUGGGAGGCAGCUAUUCGUACCUUACACCUGAUUCUGUGAAAUAUGUACCUGACGCGUUCGUGAGGAUGGCCGAACCGAUAAUUAUCGAAGAC